CUUGCCAAUCAAUCGCUUCAACCUCAAGGAGAGGACACGCACAGUUACAGUUCACCCUCCGUCUCUGUGAUCCCUCUCAAACCAUUCCAAAUCACUGUUGCUGCUGCUGUGAGAGUGACUAGUGGGGGAAAUUCAUCCAUCACUCCGUCAGCCGUAUGCAAUUGCUUGGGACGAAAAAUACGCUGCUGUUGCUGGCGGCGGCGGCGGCGACCGAGUCCCCCGUGUGGGCCUUUACGUCACCCGUUUGUUGGACUCGGAAUCGUCGUAUACGGUUGGUGUCCCCAUCCCGAGCGACACUGACGGUCAGCAGUAGCAGUAGUAGUCGACGCCUCGGCAACGACCCUAGCGAGUUCGACUACUUACUCCAGGAACAGUCGUCAUUGUCGCGGGUAGCGUCGACCACACACGGACGUCGUCGGGCCGUACAACUCCCGUCCACGCAUUCCGGACAACCCGCUACCGUCCUCGUGAGUAGCUUUUCCGCCGCUCCCGGAGCCGUCACCGAAUCGACGGACGAAUUCACGACGGACUCCAAUGCGGCAGUGUCCCCCAUUGACGGGGACGAUCCCUUUGCCUUCGAGUCCGCCGGACUCUACAAGGUACAAACCAUGACGACGCAAAAACCGUCACUCGAAGCGCGUCUCAAAAACAUGGAUCUGCAGGACAUUAUCGCCACGCUCAUACUACCUUCCGUUGUCGUCUUUGCCGCCGGACGCUGGGGAUUCAACAAGGUCUACGGCAAGGUACAGGUCCGCACCGAAGCCCUCCUCGACAGCUUUGCCAAGGAAAUGCUCUACCACGACGGUGACUACAACGAAAUGAAACUCUGUAUACAAGAUUACAACCAAAAACUCAUAUACUUGCCCAACCGCCGCGACGUCAUGUUGAAACGCUAUCUCGCGGCCUACGCCAAGAAGAAAACCGUCAGUCCCCUCGCCAUUUCCUCCCUCAGUUUCGUACUGACGCAGUUCCAAAUGAGUGAAGAAGCCGCCGCUGCCUUGCUCGUCAGUUUGUGCCGACAAAUGGGCACGGAUAAGAUCGCCUCGGCUGGGAAACUACUCUUUCUCGGUUCCUGCAUUCUCAAGUCACCGGAAGGACAGGCCGCCCUCACCCCCAUUAAAGAUCUCAUCAAAAGUACCUACCGCGAAGUAUCCGUCGCCGAAGCCAUGGUCGAGACCUCUCAACAAGCCAUUGCGGAAGCCUCGUACCGAUCGGUAGUUCUGGCUGCGGGCAAACAACAGAAAUCCCUCACGCCCGGUUGGGACGUCCUGGGUUUGGAGCGGGACGUGGCACAACGAAUUUACGACGAAGAAGCCAAGGAAGGAUUCCGGACCGAGCGCGAAACCAUGUAUGGCGGACAAACCACCCGCUACGACAAGAAGGGACGCAUCGUGGACCGCGCCGGCAAAUUGAAGAAUCCUGCCGAUGCGGACGAAGACGAUGACGACGAGCCGCAAGGUGGCGUUAGUAACGUGUACGAAUGUGGAGAAUGUGGAUACACACUGUUUGUCGCUCAAGGGAGAGAAUCCAAAUUCUUUGGCACCGGCUUUAAAUGUCCCGAAUGUGGUGCCGCUAAGAAACAGUUCAAGGCACGGGACGAUAUGGACGAAGAAUAACUUACCUUACCACCAUUAGCUAACCUUACGGAACCAGGG